CUCCGUUAAUACAUAUAUAUGUAGUUUAGUGUUGGAGAAGAUGAUGGACAAAAUUGGAGGGAGGUCAAUAGUGUGGUUAAUCUUCGUAAUUUUGAAUCCUCUUAAAGGCGCUUAUAGCUAUACACAGAGCGAAGAACCGAAGUUGUCCACAUAGCUUGCACGACGAAGUUGAUAGAAAAUUGUUGAUGCUUUGCUUGCCAUUAAGGAACAAUUAAAUGAUCGUAUGGGUCUUUUAUUGAACUGGAACCGUAGUACCAACCCUUGUGAUUGGACUACUGUCCACUGCGACGACAAUGAUUCCGAGGAUUUUGUAAUAAGAAAGCUUGAAUUGGGGGGUAGCGAAAUAGGUGGUCGAUUGGCAGGAGAGAUUGGGAAGUUGAAGACCUUGCAAUCUUUAUUGACUCGCACAAACUACACUAUUUUUAUUGAUUUUUCGUUUACCGAGGCGGAUAGGAAUAUGAGCAAGAGCGGAAUUACUGGGAGCAUACCACCAGAAAUUGGAGACUUGAAUGAGUUGGUAACUUUGGAUCUGUCCCAUAAUAAUUUGAAUGACGUUAUUCCGUGGGCAAUUGGCAAAUUGUUGAAUUUGACAACUCUUCUGCUGAAUGAUAACGACUUGGUCGGUUGUGAACCGGUCGAUGCAAUCUCAAAUCUCAUCAUGAACGGCUCGCUAGAUAAUCGGUACUUCAAUUUAGCAAACAACCCUAAUCUGCACACCUCACCAAUCAAUCCGGGCGUAUGCGGGCCAUAGCUCUUGAUUGUUGCCUUCACUUCACCAAUAAUACUAUAUUAUUGAUGCCUAAAUUAUAUAUAUUUAUCAAGUACGUACUCUUAAUUUCUGUAAUAUGAUGUCUCAUGAAUGCAACGUGUUGUGCUUGUGCAUGUGGCUGCGAUUAACCAAAGUUGGACAAAUGCAUUGAUAUUUCAUGCAGAUUCUAUUUUAA